AAAAUAAUGUAAUCACUUCGGCCUUGUAUCUUUAUAAACAUUAUUUAAUUAAUUUUUUAAGAAUGUUUUUCUGUUAGGUGUCUGUUAUUUUAAGCGUUUUAGCGAGUUGAGAAUGUCUACUUUACUUACGCUCGUAUCUAUUUUAUGUGUUGCCUUUAUAGGAAACGUAUUAUGUGCUGAAGUGGAUAAUAGACACAAUCACCAAAAUGUUUGGCAAAGGAGGCAGUUAAAUGUAACGAACAGUGAUAUUAUAAAUACUCCGCAGUUUGGAAAAAAUUCUGCAACAACCCCGUGGCCUGCGUUAGGCAGACAAAGGUAUCAAUAUCAUAACAAUCCUUCGACUCAGGCCCCGUUGUGGGUCCGUCCGAAUAAUGGUACCAAUUGGGUUAGAAACACACCAUCCCCGCAACAAAAUUUAAACAAUUUACACAACACGAGACCUCAGACAUAUAACGGAAACUUUUUAAAUAAUGAAAGACAUUUUAAUGCGUAUCCCACGAACCGAGGGGGCGCUGUAAACGGUGCGUUUUCUUCAGGGUCCUUAUUGUCCGACACAAGAGACUCGCAUACUGGCAAUCAAAGGGCUAAUUCAAAUCAACAAAUCGAAGUUAGUGACGAGGAAUUACGGCAGUUUUCCGAAGAUUUGCUACACAAAGAGAAUAAUAGUCCAGCACAGUAUGUUUCAGUGAAUUUUCAAGGAAAGACUUCAUCGAGGUCUACAGUAGAUGAAGCACCCCUGCCUUUAUUGUCCAUCAAUUCCGCUGUUUAUUCGAUGCCAACGAUCUCAAAACUUACUCCUUUAUACAACAAUUACAUACUAGAAACGAAUCAGAACGAGGUUUAUACACAAGAGGAAAAGAACGAAGAAAACGAUUUUCUGAAUGCUGUUCUUUCGACGCCCGUUAUGGAAUACACGAGAAACUUUUUAAUAAAUAAAGGUAAAAUCGGAAGGGAUCCUCAAGAGUUCAAAGACAUUCUCCGACAGAUUUGGUUCAAUAUGUAUGCAAGAGGCGGGAAUAAAGUGGGCUCCAGCGGAUUCGAGCACGUCUUCUUGGGCGAAUUGAAGAAGGACCAAGUCUCCGGGAUGCACAAUUGGGUGUAUUUCGCCCAAGAAGAACAGAAACACGAGGCCAACUACCUCGGUUACAUGAAAAAAAUCGAUUUGGGCGGUAAAGGAUUCUUGGUGAUGUACCACUUUACUUUCCACGGCAACGACAAGCCUGUUAAUACAAUGUUCAUCGGUACCAGUCCUGAAUUCGAAAUGGCUUUAUAUUCUACUUGUUUCCUAAUGAGACCGGAUAGAGUGUGCCCUUUGAAGUUGAAUGGGAAUCGCUUUAUUAUUAGAACUUACACGUUCAGAUAUAGAGGGAAGAAUAUGAUAGGCAGCGCUUUCGCCAAUGUCUAGUACGAUUUGUUAUCUUCAAAAGUGCCAUUAAUAAAUUUCUUUUUUUUAAAUAA